CUCUGGUAACAUCCAGUCCGGUUACUUAAGCAAUGAGAAAGGGAAAUUCACUUCAGACUUUUCCCUUUCAUAAUAAUAAGCUUUAACAAUACAAGUAUUAUGUGAUACUGUUCAUUUGAAGCGAAUGUUUAACUGCGCUUUCUACAGAUACCAUUUAAACUAUGGUGAAAUUUAUUCGUCUAGGUUUAAUUAUCAUAACUCAUUUUAUAACUAGCGAAUGUAUAUUCACCGUAAACGUACAGAAAAGUUACGAUUACGUGAUAGUUGGAGGUGGAACUGCUGGUGCCGUCCUCGCUAACAGGUUAUCCUCUAAUCCUUCGAUCCGUGUCUUAUUGUUAGAGGCUGGUUCUGUACCCGACGAAGCGUCUAACAUCCCCUUUGCUGCACUUUCUCUUCAACACACGGAAUUGGAUUGGUCCUAUAAAUCCGUCCCGCAGAGUUAUUCGUGUUUCGGAUUAAAGGAAAAUAGGAGCAGCAUCCCUAGAGGAAAAGGUUUGGGAGGAAGCAGUGUUAUCAAUUUUAUGAUAUUUGUUAGAGGAAAUAAAAAAGAUUUCGACCAGUGGGCAGAAAAUGGUGCAGAAGGAUGGAGUUGGGAUGAGAUUUUACCGUAUUUUACUAAAUGGGAAAACAAUAAGAAUCCUUCUAUAGCUUCAAAUGGUUAUCAUGGAGUUAAUGGCGAAAUGUCUGUGUCGUGGACAAAUUAUUAUACUCCUUUAGCUGAAGCGUAUGUAAAAGGAGCUAAGGAAGUCGGUUAUAAAGAAGGAGAUUAUAAUGGACCCGAUCCCGAAAAAUUACGCCUUUCUGUAUUUCAGAUAUUAUUUGAUUCAAAUAAUAGAGCAUCGGGUGUCCAGUUUGAACACAAAAACACAAUAAACGAAGUCAGAGUUAAGCGUGAAGUAAUUUUAUCAGCGGGUGCCAUAAAUUCUCCACAGAUCUUAAUGUUAUCGGGAAUUGGUCCUAAAGAUCAUCUGGAGAAAUUUGGGAUAAAAGUUAUAUCCAAUCUACCAGUUGGUGAAAAUUUACAAGACCACGUUACAGUUGGUGUACCUUUUACCGUAGACCAACCCGUAGCCUUUAAUGUUUUUGAUUCUGUUGUGCUCGGAAUUUUGCCAUUUUAUUUUGGAGAAGGACCACUUACCUCUAUAAUGGUAGAAACAGUUGGGUUUCUAAGCACUAAAUAUAAUAAUCAUACACAGUGGCCAGAUAUAGAACUUAUGUUUGCUUCGAUUACCCCAUCAUCCGACGGUGGAAUUAUUGGAAGAUAUAAUUAUGGUCUGACUGAUGAGGUAUGGGAAGACGUUUUUAAACCGAACGUUAAUACAAGUACUUAUUUAUGUUUCCCACUUUUAAUGCGACCCGAAAGUGUUGGUACUGUUAAACUGGCAUCAACUGAUCCUCGUGAAUAUCCUCUUAUUAAUCCUAAUUACUACCAUAAGCCUCAAGACAUUAAAGUUGUAGUUGAAGGGAUGAAAGCGUGUUUAGCAAUUUCUUCUUCAGAAUCCAUGAGGAAAUUCGGUGCUCGACCAUUCCGUCAACUUUUUCCAGCUUGUCGGGGAUAUACACCAUACAGUGACGAAUAUUUAGAAUGUUUAGCUAGAUCAUUCACUUUGACUAAUUAUCAUCCAAGUGGAACUUGCAAGAUGGGUAAUCCUCGAGAUCCGACUACGGUGGUAGAUCCGCAGUUGAGAGUGAAAGGAGUAAAAGGUCUUAGAGUAGUCGAUGUAUCCAUUAUGCCAACGAUUAAUUCAGGCCACACUGAAGCUCCAGCCAUCAUGAUCGGAGAGAAAGGGGCAGAUUUAAUCUUAAGCGAUCUCCGUUAAUGUUAGAAACACGAGUAACAAUUAAUUACAAGAAAAAUCAAGAUUUAAAAAUGUAAUGAUAGCCAAAUUUUCAUAGACUGAAUUAUAUUUACUGUUAUAGACUAUCUUCGAUUAAAAACAAUAAAUUUUAAAGUCAAUAUUAUAGUUAAAGAAGAAACAAUUAAAUGGACUAAGAAUAUGUCUUAAAUCAAAACUUCUUUUAUAUCACAUCAUUCCUCGACAUUCCUCCAUGCCAAAAUCAAAUAGUUUUCAUACAUUCUUCAUCUCCAUUGCCAUUUUGAUUUCGAGGAACGAUGAACAAAAAGUAUUUAAUUAAAAUAUAACUGAAGUUAUCCAAGUUUGUAACACGUAACACAUUCUGUUACGAUAUAUUGUAACAGAACGUGUUUGGUUCUUCAUCCAAUACUUUCAUCAGAUAAGGCCUAAAAGACUGAAAGAGUUUUAAAAAUCAGAGUAAAGAUGUCCUAUUGGUAACUUCAAGAUAAUUUUCGUGUAUGUUUAUAUUUAAUUAAAGUCAACACAAAUUUUAUUAUACGUAUAAAUUAACCUAUAUAAAGUUUAGUUAGUGCUGUCUCUAUUUUAAAUUGCCAUUUCACUAACACGCUGAUUCGACCCACACCCGCUGCAAUCUCAAAUUACAAUCAGGCAAUUAGGACAAAAAUAGUUUUAAGUAAAUAUCCAAACCAUUAUCAUCUCUUCAAAAAUUAUAUAAUGGAGGCUGAAAAUCUUAAUACUUUCUUUACGAGUGCAUAUUUCUCCAAUUUGAAAUCAUUUAUAUUUCGCCAUUAUAAAAAAAAACACCCAGC